AUGCACUGCUGUUUGCUGGGUUUAAUACUUUAUGUAAGAGACAACAUUAGAGAAGCCAAGAUUCGUGCUCUUAGUGGACACCAUGCCUUGGCCUUGCAGCAAAGGAAGUUAUUUUAGAAAGAAAGAAUACAUGUAAGAAACAAGAUGUCUCACGCCGGGAGACGAUACCAAGAUAAGCAAUACAGGCACCAUGCAAAUCAUGGAUCUGAUACAUAUGAGGAAGACAGAAGAGUGAGAAAACCAUACCCGUACAAUGGAAGAUCAACAGAAGACAUCCGAGGUGGCCAGCACUCAAGGACUUCCACUGUUUGCUCAGAUUCUUACUCUAAAACUUCAGGAACAGCACGGGAAUAUUUUGGCCCACCACCAGAAUGUUAUCCUCCCAAGGAAACCUUCUCAAUGAAGUGUUCAAAGGUAUGCACAACAAGAGGCAUUUUGAAGUUUGUGGAAAUCACGGUUAACCUCCUGGUGCUGAUUUGCGUGGGUGCUGCCCAAGCCUCUGUUGCAGGCUUCACAUCCCUUGGUGGCCUCGGCACUGGAUCCUUUAGCCUGAAUUCGGCCUAUAACCCCUUUGAGGGCACAGAGCUCCAGGAGGUGAGGGAGCUAGACAUGCAGUUCACCCAGAUGAGAGCCCCUUGCGUGUAUGGCGGAGUAGCCUUCAGCUUAACAGCAGCAGUACUUACCCUUGUCUUCCUUGUCGUGGGGGCAAAACCCAUCCAGCAGCUCAGGAUGGGGCUGCUGGCAGGGGAAUGUGCCUUCAACCUGCUGGCUGGCGUGGCGUACAUCGUGGCGGUUGGCCUCUACCUGCAUUUUGUCAGUCGGGUGAACUCCACAGAAGUUUGCAAGAGGCGCGAGAGGCUGUAUGCGCGCCGUGGGUAUACCUCCAUGAACUGUGUGGUCCAGGGCGGUGAUGCGGCCGUCGGCCUUUUUGGUGUUGCUGCUGCCUGUUUGUACUUUGCCAGCUUUGUAGUCUGCACCCUUGCUGUCCGAACCGUCCGGGCCUUCCAGAGCCGCGCAGCCAAGGCUCAGCACAGCCCCAAAAGCAACAUUGGAGACAGAAGCAUCAAAAACCACCAUGACAUCCACAGGACCUCCAAGAGCUCCCACAAUGUCCAGGCUCUUGCCACGUUAGUGUGA